UUCUUAUAAAGUAUUACCGGGACGGGAAUUAAGAGAGAAACUGUAAGGUGGGAAAGGAAAGAAGAAGCAAAAAUGAAAAAAAAGAUGAUUAACCCCUUGACUGUUGAUUUCCUACAAGAAGACAUCACCGAGCUACAGGAAUGGAACAAAAAGUGGCUGCUACAACUCAACUAAGAAAAAUGUAAAGUCCUGCACCUUGGGAGGGGAUAUCCAGCACACCAAUACCACAUGGGGAACACUCCACUAUCCACCACAGAGGCAGAGAAAGACCUGGGAGUGUAUGUUACCAGGCUACCAGUGAAGGUGUGAACCAUGAAGACCGUGUGGCUCCUCAAGUCCAGUGAGGAGAGUGAUGGGCGGUACAGUGAUGCUCUGGCGAGGGCGGGACUGUCCGCUGUGGUGGUGCCAACGCUGUCCUUCAAGUGGUGCAAUGAGGCGGUGCUACAAGAUGCACUGCAGAAGCCUCAGGACCACAGUGGGAUCAUAUUCACCAGUCAGCGUGCAGUGGAGGCCGUGGCAGAAAUAUACUUGAAGCUGAUUGCCGGUAUUCAUCAUCAGUGGAGUGAGAAGAAGAUUUUUGUCAUUGGUGAGGCAACAAAGAUGGCUGUACAAAAGCAUCUUAAGCUCCCAUGUAUAGGCCAAGAAUCAGGAAAUGCCCAGCAGCUUGCUCCCAUCAUCAUCAGGGAAACCAAACCAUUUGACAAGCCUCUUUUGUACCCAUGUGGAAAUCUGGGCCGAGAUGAACUGCCAAAACUUUUAGCACAGCAGGACCGUGAUUUCCGAGCCCUCACCUCGUAUGAGACCAAACCUCACCCACAGCUGCGGCAAACAGUACAGAAGCUCACUACAACAGGAAAGACCCCUCACAUUGUUGUCUUCUUCAGUCCAUCAGGCGUCAAGUUUGGGCUGCCUGUGUUUCAUGAUCUUGGUGUGGACCUAACAGGUGUGAAGGUUAUUGCCAUUGGCCCCACCACUAAUACAGCUCUGGUGGAAGAGAAGCAGCCAGUCUCAGGGGUGUGUCCCUCCCCAAGCCCUGAUGGCCUUAUGCAUGUGUUAGCUGGUCUUCACUAGCCUUAGAUAGGGGGAAGGGGAGAUUUUUAAAUUUUUAUGAUUAAUAAAGGUGACUAUGUACUAAUACAUAAUUGACUUUAGUUAUUUCCAGUUGAAUUACUGUAUUUGAAAUAAAUAAAUACCAUAUUUA